AAUAUAUUCGAACGUCACUUCGUUGACGUCACGAACCACCAUUCUGAUCGCAGUUGAUAGAUCAUCAACUGCAUCAAUAUGAGGUUCUUCAACAUAUUUUUGGUAUUGGUAUCUCUCUGCCUUCAUCAAGUGCUGGGAGAUUAUUCGGAUUUGUUCUACGAUGAUGAUCUUCCAUCGUACUCGUUCAAUCUCCCAUCAGAACUGCGUGAAGAGGCUUUAAAACAAUAUUUAGAGAUGGUCAGCAGGCACAACGAAGAUGACAUUAGGGUAGGUUCUCGCGACUCAACUGCUGGUACUGAGCAGAGGGACGAAGAACAUAUGGAAGAGGGAGCACUUGGUGUUCAACAUCCUCAAUUCACUUCUGGUGGAGCUGGUGAAGGAGAUCAACGUCUAAAACCUAACGGUAGUAUAAAGAAUAAAAAUGAAGUUAAGUCGGAUGCUGGUUUGCCUUUUUACUGCCAUCCUCCAAAUCCCUGUCCUAAGGGAUUCGAUCCCAAAAAGCACAAUUGUGACGCCCAUGUCCGUGAUGUUGACAAGGAUCAGAUGGCUUAUAUUCAAAAAGAGAUGAAGGAUGAAAAAUGCACUUGCGACACCGACCAUAUGUUUACCUGUCCGCAAAGUCAGUUCAAUCCGCUUAUGGAUUUUUUAUAUAUUAAAUGUAUUUCUAUCUCGUGCAGAUAAAAAUGAGAACGCGGCAACUGAUUUGGUAAGUAAUUUAACUAUAAUUUUUAAAGCAGCCAUUUUGUAGAAAUUAACAGACUCUCUAAAUAAAUCUAUAUAAAUAUAUGAAUUUGUAAACAGUGAGAAUAUAAUAUGGCCAUCUUAUAUAGCAAUCAAUAGAAUAGUAAUGAUAUUGUAACUGGAGACGAGAUUGUGAUCUUUUACAUAAUUAGUUCUAGUUAUGAUAUUAAUAAAUAUUUAAUACUGUUUUAUCUUUUUACAGGCCUCUUUACUGGGAGAAAACAGGCACGAAGGCUUGAUUGCUAAAAAGUCUCCAAGCAUGCAACUGCAUAACCAAUUUUUCGCUGAGACGAUGAAUGACGCAUAAAUUAGCGUAGAGAAAAUGUAUCAAGUCUUCUCUAAAUACCCUAAAAUAUUUUAAAGACCCGUAUAAGAAUAAUAUGAACCAAUAUAUAUCUAUAUAUAGAUAUAUA